CUUCUUCUUCGAGCGUUUUCUUCUUCCUCUUCCUCUGCUCGGCUUCGUCUUGCUGUUUCUUUCUGCUAUCGUCUUCGUCUUCCUUUUCCCUACCUUUUACUUUCCUCGACCUCGUCUUCGGCUGUAGUCGUCUUCGUCUUCGUCUUCCUAUUCCCUCGCUUUUCUUGAUUGAUCGUCUUCCUCUUCCUUUUUGGAUCCAACUGCCAUCAGCUUUUUGGCAGGCCUAACACAGAAACCCCAACGUAGCAUAGGUCUGGCGUGAGGGCUCUCGCCGAUAAUUUGGCUAAAGGGUAGACUACAGUACCGACCCUUAAACCAAAAACACCCUUAACCUUACCCGAAUUAAAUGCAGCUUACACACAUAGACCAAUAGACAGCGUAGAGUCUCUCCCACGAACCUGCCCCGGCGGCGGCCUUCCAUUCUCCGUGUGAGAUUAUGGAGAGCAUAAUUGGGAGGAUUCGGAGCUUGGAUGUGUACCCUAAGGUUAACGAGGAUUUCUACAGCAGAACUCUAUCGGGAGGCGUUAUAACCUUGGUUUCUUCCGUAGUUAUGCUGCUCCUGUUCAUCUCGGAACUAAGAUUAUAUCUUCAUGCAGUAACAGAAACAAAGUUAGUGGUAGAUACAUCAAGAGGGGAAAGGCUCCGUAUUAAUUUUGAUGUGACUUUUCCAGCACUCCCAUGCUCUAUGGUCAGUCUUGAUGCGAUGGAUAUAAGUGGAGAGCAACACCUGGAUGUUAGGCAUGACCUAAUAAAGAAGAGGAUUGAUGCCAAUGGCAAUGUGAUAGAAACAAGACAAGAUACCAUUGGAACUCCCAAGAUUGAACGACCAUUACAAAGGCACGGUGGAAGGCUAGAAAAAAACGAGACCUAUUGUGGCUCAUGUUAUGGUGCAGAAGCGGCUGAUGACGAUUGUUGUAAUAGUUGUGAAGAAGUUCGGGAAGCAUACCGAAAAAAGGGCUGGGCAUUGUCAAAUCCAGAUUUGAUUGAUCAAUGCAAAAGAGAAGGUUUCCUUCAAAAGAUCAAAGAUGAAGAGGGAGAAGGGUGUAACAUUUAUGGAUUCUUGGAUGUCAAUAAGGUAGGUGGUAACUUCCAUUUUGCACCUGGGAAGAGUUUCCAGCAGUCAAAUGUACAUGUUCAUGACGUGCAAACCUUUCAGAAGGACAGUUUCAAUAUAAGUCACAAAAUCAACAGAUUAGCAUUUGGAGAUUACUUCCCUGGUGCAGUAAAUCCUCUUGAUGGUGCACAAUGGGUACAACAUACACCAAAUGCAAUGUACGAAUAUUUCCUUAAGGUUGUACCAACUGUGUUCACAGAUGUCGAUGGACACACAAUUUACUCAAAUCAGUUUUCAGUAACAGAACAUGUUAAAGGCGGGGAGGCAGGUCAACUUCAAUCUAUUCCCGGUGUAUUUUUCUUUUACGACCUCUCGCCAAUUAAGGUGACUUCUAUAGAGACAUAUUUCCCUUUCUUGCACUUCCUGACCAACGUCUGCGCCAUUGUUGGGGGAGUAUUUACCGUCUCAGGGAUAAUCGACUCGUUUGUAUAUCAUGGUCACAAUGCAAUUAAAAAGAAAAUGGAAAUAGGCAAGUUCAGCUAACCCUCGAUGCAUUGCAAACAAAAUUGAAAUGAGCUUGCUCGAGAGAAGAUAAAACCUUAUAAUCGAAGGAGUUACAUCCGGUACUCUUACAAUGUUUGCAAAUCAUUUUCCAUUUAAUUUGGAGUUCUCGGUUCAAUUCGAUUUUGUCUUUUGGGAGAGGUUUCGAAGACGAAACUUGUUUGGAUGUUAGUUUGAACAUGUAAAAAUAGUACAUAUUUUGUUGCCAAGUUAAUUAUUACCAUUUACCAACGUUUAUUUUUUCUAUCAUUUUUUGAAACUAUUUA